AAUUUUGUGUUUUAAAUCAAAAAUUUUGCAAAUUAUUUUUAUAGAUUAUAUAUAUUUUUGCAAUAUUACAUCCCACAUAAGAAAAAUAUAUAUAUGCAAAGUGAAAAAUACAAAAAAUUGAUUUGGAAAUAAUUUAAAAAAACACAAAAGUGACAAGUGAUUUUUUUUUUAUUUUACAAUUCUUUUUAUUUUUGUGCAUCUAAGAAAAAGUGAAUAUCGUAAAUAAAAAUGUCUACGGUAAAAAUAAUUGCGGGUGAAAAAGAUUUAGAAAAAUAUUUUAAAUUUUUAACAUUUAAAAUGGUUCAAGUUAUUGUUCAAAGCCGUUUAGGUGAAGUUAUUAAAACACCAUCGAAUCCAAAUGGUGGAGGCAAUGACUGGUUUAAUAUCGUUAUAAUUGAUCAUCCGGAUGUUUUAGCUGAAACAAAGAAAGCAUUAAAUUUAACAGCAACCGAAACAAUAUUACAACGUUUACCAUUGUGUGUGGAGAUUUCAUUGAAAACAGUUGAGGGUGAUGCAAUGAUAUUAGAAGUAUGGUCACUUGGAUUAGUAUCUGAACAAAUUGAACCAAUGUUAAAAGCAUCACAAGCAAUUUAUAAUCGUAUGGGAAUUUUAUUAAAAUCAUUAAUAUCAAUAACAAGAGCAACACCUGCAUAUAAAUUAUCAAGACGUCAGAGUCCAGAUUCAUAUAGUAUUUAUUAUAGAGUAUAUGUUGAUGAACCACAAAUACAUAAUUUAGGCGAGGGUAAUAAACAAGUUCGUAUUGGACAGUUGAGUACCAGUGUUGGAACAUUAAACAUGUCUGUCGCGUAUCGUACAAAAAUGACAAUAUCGCCGACUCAAACGGGCCGCGAUAAUGCAAUUAUGUUAAAAAGUGAUCAUUUUUUAAAGGAUUUAAGUCCAAAACAUAUUCGAUAUCAUAAUAUUAAAAAAAGUGAGAAGAAAAUUAUCGAUCUUGAUAAGCCAUUAAGACCAGGCGCCUUCGUUGAUACAACAAAACUUAAGCAAUUUACUGAAGAAGAUUAUAUUUUGCCGGAGACGCCACCAUUUAGUUGGCUUAUUCGUCGAACGAAGGAGGAAUCAUCCCAAGAAACUAGUGUUGAAGAUGAUCGUUCUUCAUCAAAUCUUAAUUCACCAGUUGAUAAAGUGCCAACACCAUUAACAACUGGUACAACAACUAUAUUAAAUGCAACAACAACAACAACAACAAAUACUACCACAAAUAAUAAUAAUGCUAAUUUUAAAAAUUGUGAACAAAAUUGUCAAGAUGGUAGUGGUACUGGUGGUAAAAUUCAGCAACAACAACAAAAUGGUGGCCAAACAAAAGAUGUUAGUGGUACAUCACCAAUUAGAUCAUUAUUAGUAGCAGCACCAGUUGAAGAUUUAAAAAAAAAGAAUUUAAAUAAAUCAAAAUUAUCGCAAGAAGAUGAAAAUCUUUUAAAAGAAUUGCAUUUUCCAUUCGCUUCCGUUAACACUCAUAUGGGUGAUUUGGCCAAAUUUUAUCGAGAUUGUUAUAAUGCACCACCAUUACAAUCAUGUACUGAUCCACAAACAGUUGAAACUGAAAUUGCUGUUGAUGAUUUAUCAAAGCAAUUAGAACAAUUUGAAACAUCAUUAGAUGAUUAUGAAACACUCGUUAAAUCAAUAGGUUGUUCAUUAUUAGACAGCAAUUCAAAUAGUUAAACUAUAAGCAUUUUUUUUUUUAUUAUUUAAAAAAAAAAAAAAUCAAACAACCAUUUUACUAAAUAAAAGAAAAAAAUUAUUCAAAAUGCAACACAAAAACAAAGCAGAAAAACAAAAAAUUCGUUAAAUAAUUGUAAAGAAAAAACUGAAAACUUUUUAAAAGACAAAGUAACAAAAAAAAAAAGGAAAAUUUUUAAAGAAAAUUGAAAAUGUUUGAAAAUUGUGAAAAAUUAAAAAUUGAACAGUGUGGAAAUUUGCAAACAAACAAAUACAAAAAAAAAUUAAAACUUUAAAAUCAAAAUUAAACUACAAAAAAAAAAUAAAAAUAGACUUAAAUGACCUAUAAUCUAAAUCCAUUCUAUUAAAAUGCAAAAAGUUAACAAAAAUAAAUUACGAAUUGAAUAAAAUCUACAAAUUUAACAUUUUUUUUUUAAAUGACAUUCAUAACUCUAUUAUAAAUACAUACUUAUAUAAAAAAUAAUAAUAAUUACUUACUUACAUAAUAACAAAAAUUAAAAAUAAAUAUCGUCUCUGCGUUUUGUUUGUUUUUCCAUUAAUUCUAAACAAAAUUUGCAAAUUUUCAAAAAUAUUUUACUCAAAACAACAAAACAUAAUUAAUAUUUAAAAUGUAAAAUAUCAAAAAAAAUAUUAAAAUUAAGAUUUCCUUUUAAUUUGUCAGGUUUUUUUUUUUUUACGAAAGCGAAUUUUUGACUUUAAUGCGCAAAAUAGCGUUUCCGAUUGCGAUUUUUGUUUGUUUCCUGUAUAGCUGCUCAGUUGGUGUUUUUUUUUUUUUUGUUUUUUUGUACUGUUGUGAAAGUUUGAUUGCGAAACAAAUUUGUGCGCUGUUGUAUUAGAAAAAUAUUUUGUCUGAAAAAAUUCUAAUUGUGAAUUUCUGAGAGCUUUAAGUUGUGUUUAUAUAUUCGAUUAAUAUUUGAAUAUUUUUGGGUGGGUUGGUGUCUGUGUGAGAAGAAACAGAAGUAUCUUCCAAAAUAAAAACAAAAGAAUAAAAUAAAAACCAUUUUUUUUUUGUUGUUGUUGUGAAUUAUGGAGAGAAAAGGAGAAUUUUCAAAAAUUGCCUUCUAUUGUGAAUUAA